AUGGAAGACGCACAAAUAGUCGACGAUGCAAACAUCGCACUCGAGACUCCACCCGACAACGUCUUCAUCCCACCAUCAAUAAACGAAACCGCCCUGGUUGCAGGAGACACAUAUACGCAUUUUUCACCCGUCCCAGACUCACUCCUUUCACCAUCACCGGUGCCAUGCGUUCUAGGCGUCGAUGAAGCCGGCCGCGGCCCCGUUCUGGGCCCCAUGGUCUACGGCGUCUUCUACCUACCUAUCCCGCUCUCGGACCCCUUGCUCCGAGAGACCCACCACUUUGACGACUCCAAGGUUCUGACGCCGGCUGUGCGCUCGAGCCUGAUGGAGUCGCUGUGCACGCCGACGCUGUCGCAGUCCGCCGGGAGCCUCAACAGUACAUGCGGCUGGGCGAUAUCUUCGCUGUCGGCACGCGACAUCGGGGCGGGCAUGAUGCGCCCCGCCACGUCGGCAGCAUACAACCUCAACGCCCAGGCGCUGGACGCCACGGUAUCUCUGAUACAAGGUGUCAUGGACAGGGGGGUCAACGUCGCCGAGAUCUACGUCGACACGGUCGGCCCGCCGGCCGCGUACCAAAAGAAGCUGGAGCGGUUCUUCCCAACCGCCAAGGUCACCGUCUCCAAGAAGGCUGAUAGUUUGUACCCCUGCGUCAGUGCCGCAAGUGUCUGUGCAAAGGUGACACGCGAUGCGGCGCUCGAGGUACUGUACAAAAAUGUCCUGUCCGAGAUUGCAAAGGCCGAGGGGGGUGAGGAUGAGGAGAUAGGGUGGGGUUCAGGAUACCCGUCAGAUGCAAGAUGUGUGGGAUGGCUCAAGCGGAACAUGCAUCCUGUGUUUGGUUGGGGCACCGAGUGUCGAUUCAGCUGGGGCACGGUUAAGGACAUGCUCGAGGCUGCAAAAUCCGGCAGUGGCGCCGUCAAAGUCGACUGGCCGGUCGAGGACGAUGGAGAAUCGCAUCGCGUCACCGAUUUCUUCAUUGCCAGCACGGGUGGAGGUGGUGACUCGAGGGGGAAAGAGGCAGAUGAGCUGGGAACGUGGUUCGGCACGCCUGCGGAUGUGGAGGCUUUUUAA